AUGAAGAUAGACUUCAAGCGUCUCAACGCAGUCACCAUCUCCGACACCUACCCGAUCCCUGAUAUAGCAUCUGCCUUGUCCAGUCUUGGGGAGGCAAAGCUGAUUACCACUCUUGACUUAACGUCCGGGUUCCACCAAAUUCACAUGAACGGAAACUGCAGUCUGCCAUACCAAAAUGUGGUGGAAGCUGUGGAGUUCGCAGAACCCUCAAUUUUUACCAACGGAACCUGCCUGCUAUACGUGAUGGCGUUACCCAAAGUUGUGGACAUCCGAUACAAGCUAAUGCUCCUCUAUCCGACGAUCACGGAGGGUAAACAGGUGGUGCUGGAGUAA